UUCCAGGGGAAGCUAGAAGGAAGAUGGCCCAAGCAACAUCAAUUCCUGCCUCUGCCUAUCUCGCCCAAGAACAGGACAACAUGGGUGUAACUGAGCGGGCCCAGGCUUUGCAGUCCACACGACAGCUGAGCAUCUCCCCAAACAUCCUAGAGCUUCUGGCAAUGCCUUGCUGCUUAGAUGAACUGGAAGAUGAUUACCGGCCUAGCAUUUCAGACAACCUAAAAAUUGGCUUUGCAAUUUCUGAUCAUGCCACUCAAACUGAUAUAAGUGAAAUAGGAGAUCUGAAAGAGUUUACAGCAACAACAAGACAUUUGUUACAGUUUGCAAACUCACUCUGUGAUGAGUUUGCAAUGUAUAAAAAGAUCCUUAGAGUCCAGUAUGAGGAAAAAAUACAAGAGCAUGCCUCCAAUCUCGGGCUAGCAAUGAGUGACAGGCUGAAAUACAUUGAAGACUAUUAUAAGCAGAAAGAAGUCAAAAUGCGACAGAGCUUCCAGCAACAGUUAUGUGAUGCCCUUGCAGUUCUCCGAGGACAAUACGACAAAUUUCUCUGUAUAGAUAAAGAAAUAGAUGGAGGAGGUGAAGAAACAGUAGUUGAAAGAUUAGCAAGGCUAAGGAACAAGCUUGAGGUGCAAGAUGCUUUUAUCGAAAGCUUAGAAGAAGAGCUACAGGAAUAUAAAGAAAGAGAACGGCUUCCACGUGACAGAGAAAUUGAAAGGGAGUUGUUUCUACAAGAAAAUCGGGAAUUGAAAGAACAAAUAGCAAACCUGCUUGAAAAACUUGCACGCCUCCAAGAGACUGUGAAACGCAGGGAGAAAGAACAUUCUGACUUAGAGACUGAAAUGAAAUGUAUGCAAGAAAGAAAAGAAAGAGAUAUGAAGACAAUUGAAAAGCUAAUGACCACUCAAGAAAUAUUGAAGCUGGAACUUGACAGGGAGAAGCAGCGAGUUCUAGCUAAAGAGCGGGAUGUGAAAGAAGCACAAGAUGCUGUGGCAAAAUUAACACAAGGCUCAUUUCAUGCUGUACGAAAGAUAUCAUUGGCCCAUGAAGAAAAAGCAGAAAAGGCGAAAAAAGCACUGAAAGGGAAGGCAGCAAAAGAAGCCGCGGCCAAAGAAGCAGCUAUGACAGAGAUGGCCACGAAAGAAGCAGAUGCUGCCAAAGAAGCUGCAGAAGAAGAUAUUGUAUUGGAGUCUGACGUGGGUAGAGCAGCUGAAAGAAAAGCAUUCCAGGACGAGAUAAAGAGGCUGAAAAAAGCUGAACAAGAUGCAAAGUUGCGUGCCCAGAGACUUCAGCAUGAUAUGUAUCACUCAAGUCGUUCUUGGCAAAUGAAAUUUGAAAUUCUAAAGAAAAGCCUUCAUGCCAUUAAGGAUGAGAUGUUUCUCAGGCAAUCCUUGCGUCAUUCAGCAAAAUUUAGACGGUCAUCACUAGCUGAGAGGACGAAUACUCUUCUACGUACCCAGAAUCCUGCACGCAGAAAGGAUUCAUUUCUGACUGGUUUAUAUAUGCAAUAUCCACCUCUGCCAGGGAUAGGGUCCCAGGGAGGCCCAGCGGCAAAUGAAAAAGGGCAUGAUGAUGAUAAAAUUCCACUUACGAUUGAAAUUCCCAGUGCAUAUGAAGGUGAGUCUGUAGAUGAGGAAGAUUUUGAGGAAUCCAAUCCAAUGCCUUCACCUCGUUCUUCUCAGCCCUGACAUGGAGAUUGGUGUGGUCUGUGGGAAGAACAGAGAAAACAGGAAUUCAUGAGAACAUCUGGUGCCACAUUGUGCCUCUCUCUUCAUGGCUUUCCUAUGUGGUGAGAAUGAAUGGCUGCUAGGACUUCUGGACAAAAUAGGUUACACAGGAAGUUGUCCCUCCAGGAUACAUAAUUUUCUAGUCAAGUUUCUCAAUUAUUACACAGUGUCAAGGUCAACAGUUUCAACACUGUCCAUUUGCUUGAAGUUUUUUUCCCAUCUGCACUGGAAAACUAGAUGGGCAUUUCCCCCCACCCUUCCAAUCACUUUAAGCAACAAAUUGCUUUACACAACAUAUUUUGUGUGUGCUUUUUUAAAAAAAAGUCAUCAGUUUAAAUCACCAUUCAGAAGAGACUGUAAUGUUCCUUUUUUAUAUUAGGAUAUUAUGAACACAACAGUUUAUCCUAUGUUGUGUUGGCUGUUAAGAAUGUACAGGCCUUUGGAAAAUAAGUAUAAGGUCAUGGCCAUUUUGUCAAUGCAUUUUUAAUUUUAUAGAUUGUUAUUAUCAUUUACAGCUGAAUAUUUGA